AUGACCGUCACCCCUUACAUUCUCUACGGCCUCACUGGCAAGAAGGGCAGCACCAAGAACGGUGGCCCCCACACCCUCAAGACCAAGGUCGACCUUGCCAUCCUCGGCGUCCCCCACACCGACAUCCCCCAGACGUUCCCCCAGAUCCGCAACGAGCUCGCCGAGGCCUCGGGCAACCCCAAGGUCACCGUCCCGACGCUCAAGGUGGGCGACGAGUACAUCACCGACUCGUGGGUGAUUGCCGAGUGGCUCGAGGCGAAGCACGGCACUGCCGAGCGCUCGCUCUUCUACGGCCCCGAGGGCAAGGCGUACGCCAAGUUCCUCGAGACGUGGGCGAACAACGAUCUCGCCAACGAGAUCCGUCCCUUCGGUGGCCCGAACGCCUAUGCCACCUCCGACGCGGCUGUUCAGGAGUGGCUUGUGGCCAACAAGCAGGGCGGCGACGACACGGCCCUCAAGGCGGCGGUCGCGCGCCUCGACGACCCCGAGUUUGUCGAGAAGCAGACCGGCGCCGCGCGCGCCAAGCUCGCUACCCUCGAGAAGCACCUCGCCGCCCUCAAGGCCGAGGGCAAGGGCCCCUUCGUCGCCGGUGACAAGAUCACCCACGGCGACGCCAUCAUCUUCGGCUGGCUCGCGGGGAGCUAUGGCCGCCGUGAAAUCGGCGACAAGAUCUGGAGGAACUCGGAGAUUCCUCUCGUUGGCGAGUGGGCCGACGCAGUCAUCAAGGCCACGGGUAUCAACCCUUAG